AGAGAUGAGCCCCGGGGGUCCCCUGUGUCUCAUACCUGUGGCAAGGCCUGCAGUAGUAGUCACUCAUGCACAGCUCAGCCCUCCUGCACACAGGACCCUGCUGGUUUGGGGUGCCUCUCUCCCCUCCUUCCAGGUGAGAACUGGCAGCCCUGAGGAGUGCUGGCCACAGGAGUGUCCAAUUCAACUGUGGGCAUCUAGGGUAGAUGAGGCCCUGCUGGUGGAAGCCAUGGGCCCAACUCGAGGACAGGGGACCAGUCUUCAGGGUGGAACUAGAGGUGCUGGUUGUUUGAUGCCAGGCAGCCACAUGGACGUGCUGGCUCACCUGUGGCCUGUGAAGUUGUGAUCAGUCUUUGCUGCCCUGUCUUGAGGGGUGGCCACAGGGCUUCAUGUUUUCCUGGGAACCUUGGAGGCAGCCUUAUGGGAAGGGGCAGGGUGACCUUUGCUCUUAGUGGCCUGUCCCCUUGGCUCCUCCUGGGAAGGCUGAUUGGUGUGAGACUUCACAUGGGUUCUAGAAUACCCACACGUCCACGGGUACAUCCUCUCAUCUGCAAGGUGGUGGCUUUCUCGUGUGCAUCACCAACUUCCAUCCCUGAGAGGCUUUUAGCCCAAACUGAAAUGGUUUUAGCCCAAACCAUGUUCCAGAGGCUGCUUCUGUUCCAGGGCAGAGCAGCAACCCCGACCCAUAAAGACCCCUUCAGGCCAGGAAGAAUGAGACUGGACCGGCAGUGUGGGAGUGUGGGAAGUCCUGGCUCUCAACCUGCUGGGGCAGGACUUCCUGAGAGUUCAUAUAGGGGCUUGUGGUCGUGGACCAGGGAGUGAAGUCCUGCCCACCAGGUUCUGUCAGCAGGUUCCUGGGAGAGGCAGCACAUGCUGACCACUGAGGCAGGCCCCAGUCAGCUUUUCCUGGCUCCCCUUGCCCACAGCUGGGCCCUGCACUACCUUCUGCCCACUGAGCACUCUCACUCCUUGAGGAAGAGCAAGGUCUGCCUAGGGCUUAACAAUUCCUUGUGGGUCAGUGCAAGACCCUCAGCCCCAGAACAACCCUGGGCCUGCAGGACAGGUCGUUAUGGGCUCCAGGUCCAGACUAACUGAAGUAGUAGGAUGGAGUCUGGGAGAGGGAGGGGCAGGGGCAGGCUGGUUGUGGGCCUCUCUUUCCCUCUGCGCCUGUCCCCUCCCUCCCUCUGCUGGAGGAGCCAACUUCAAAAGCCUCUCCGCCUGCCCUGCAGCAAGGCAGUUCUGUCCAGGGAGUUCCGUAGGCUGGUGUUGGACCUGCCAAGUGCCAGCUGCACUCACCACCACAGACCCAGGACCAUGUGCGUGGUCGGCUGGAGGGAGUGAGGGAGGGCAAGACCCUGAUUGACCGAUGGUGCCUUCCAAGCCCACGCUCUGCGCCCUCCUGCUGGCACUGCCGUGGUUGGUCCCUGGCUGGGCUCGGCUCAGUGCCUGCAGCGUCCCGGAGGUGCUCCGCCACUACCGCGCAGUCAUCUUCCAGGACCUGCAGGCCGCGGUGAGACCGGUGGGGCCGGAGCCGGGCUCCGGGUACCAUCAUCUCCUUAAGAAAAACCUGACGGGAACGGGCGGAGGGCGGGGAUGGCCUGGUGUCUCCUGCGGUGCCCAGAAGGUAGGAAUAGGUGCACCCAUCUACCCUCCCUACCCCACCUACACCCUCCCUCAGGACUCCCCCGCCCCAGCUUUCCUUCCUUCCCAGGAGCACGGUAUCCUCCUGUUCAUCGAGUCCCUGGGCCAGACACUGCGCGGGGCAGUGACUGGAGGCCGCCGUGGUAACCUGGAGAAAGCUGCAUGGACAGUGGCCCUACGCACCGAGGCGGUGAUGCGGCGCCACUGCUGGAAGCCGCGCCAGCAGAGCCGGCGGCCCAGGACGCGACCUGUCCCGCGCCGCGGGGGUCGGAGGCGGCUCCUGCUGCGUGUCCUGGACACCGUCGCCACCUGCUGGGAGAAACUCUUCGCGCUUCGCGCCACGGCCACCGGGGAAUCCUAGUGCGGCCCGCCCCGCGCCCUGCCCCCUGCCCCCAGCGCAGCGCAAGCAAAAACGGGGGUCCGCGGCGGAACCUAGGAACAGAGGUCCCGAUGGCAACUUCUUCCCCUCGCUCAACCAGCCCGCGCUCCCCGAGAGCCCGGGGCUUGAAGAAGUGAGCCCCGCCCAGCCGUGGCGGGUCCCGGAGGUGGCCCGCCCCCCACGCGCCAAGCGAGGCCUCAAUAAAUGGA